AGAGCUUAUAUAUGGUGGACAAAAGCUCCAGAAAAAUAAUAACAUAUCAUUGAUAGAACCUCCAAUGGCUAUCAUCACCUCCUUGUUCAUAUGCCUUCCAUUUCUCCUUCUUCUCCCUCUAUUUCUUCUACUCCAAAAGCGGAAAAAUGUCUAUAAGAACCCACAGCAAAAGACCUUUCCACCAAGCCCCCCCAAGCUCCCCCUCAUAGGCAACUUGCACCAACUCGGCACCCCACGUCACAAAUCUCUCCACCAACUCUCCAUAAAGUACGGACCAGUCAUGCUCCUCCACCUCGGCCGUGUCCCCACCCUAGUCAUCUCUUCCGCCGAAGCGGCCAAAGACGCAUUAAAAACCAACGACCUCCACUGCUGCAGCAGACCCUCCUCGGCCGGAACCCGCAGGCUCACGUACAACUAUCUUGACAUGGCCUUUUCUCCCUAUGGCGAUUACUGGAGAGAGAUAAGAAAAAUAUGCGUGCUCGAGCUUUUCAGCGUGAAGAGGGUCCAGUCAUAUAAAUCAAUCAGGGAAGAAGAAGUAGAUGAAAUGGUCAAUUCAAUCUCUGCCUCUUCAUCUUCUGGUGCUCCUGUUAAUCUUACGGAAAAGUUGCUUGCUCUCACGGCUAGUAUUAUUUUUAGGAUUGGUUACGGGACAAGUUUCCGAGGGAGUAAAUUUGAGCAUAAAAAUAUUGAUGAGUUCAUUCAGGAUACUGAGGUCAUGCUCGGAGGGGUGUCCGGGGCUGACUGCUUUCCGUCUUGGAUGGGGUGGGUUAUCGAUAUGGUUUCCGGUGCGCACAAGGAGUUCGAUAGGAUUUCCAAGGAGUUGGAUGGUUUUUUCCAGCAGGUGAUUGAUGAUCAUCUGAAACCUGGGAGGAGAGUUGACGACGAACGAGCUCAUGAAGAUAUAGUUGACGUUCUGCUUAAGAUAGUGAAGGAGCAAAGUGAGUUUGGAGCCUCUCAUCUUGGUCACAACAACAUCAAGGCAGUCCUCUUGAAUCUAUUUUUAGGUGGAAUAGACACAGGUACAAUAACAAUGGGGUGGGCGAUGGCAGAGCUAGCUAAGAACCCUAAAUUGAUGAAGAAAGCACAAGAAGAAGUUAGAAAAUGCAUCGGAAACAAAGGAAAAAUCACAGAAACUGAUACAGAUCAGCUUCAAUACCUCAAGAUGGUAAUCAAAGAAACCCUAAGACUGCAUCCUCCAGCUCCAAUGCUCCUUCCAAGAGAAACUAUCUCCCAUUGCAAAAUCCAAGGUUAUAAUAUUGAACCAAAAACAACAAUUUAUAUCAAUGAUUGGGCAAUCGCACGCGACCCUGAGGUUUGGAGGGACCCCGAAAAAUUUAUUCCAGAACGGUUUGAGGGAAGCUCCGUCGAUUACAAAGGACAACAUUUUGAGUUUUUACCGUUUGGAACUGGUCGAAGAGUUUGCCCUGGAAUAUAUAUGGGAACGACAACAGUGGAGCUUGGACUAGCAAAUCUUCUCUACUGGUUCGAUUGGAAAUUGCCUGAUGGAAUGAAGGAGGAAGAUCUUGACAUGGAAGAAGCCAGCGGCUCCCAUUCCCUCACCGUUGCUAAGAGAACUCCUCUCAACCUUGUCCCCGUGAAAUUUUCUUAAAAUUAAGAAAAAAAUUAACGGAGGAUUGGGGAAGACACCUGUUUCUUGUUCUUAUGGUGUAGUUAAUUAAUAAUGUGGCACUUGUAUUGUAUGUUGUAUAUCCUUGUGUGAAUGUGUACUAUUACUCUGUUCUCGUCUUAAAUUGAAUAAAACACUACAAAUCACAAGUUGACAUAUAUUCUAAA